CUCAGUUCUCACCUUUCCCUGCCGUUUUGCCGAUGAUGUAAAUUCAUGGCUCAUUGGACUACACUUUUUUCUUUUGUUUCUAGAUUGGUAUUUUAGAGAUCUUCAACAGUGAAGUAUCUAAAAAUUUGGCUUCCUUCAAUAGCAAGCUUUUCGGAUAUAUACCAACCAUUACAGCCAAGGAUCUUGUACUUCAAUGACACUGUUAUGGCACUCUUAAAUAAGAGGUCACAUGUUCGAUUCCCGGUGCAAACAGUAAUUCUACGAGCUUUAAUAAAUUGAGAUUGUAUGAACAAAUACUACAUUGUAAUAGAGUUAUUAGUGUUCAAAAAAAAUUAACUGUAACAUAAAUGAAUUUUAAAUUAUCCAAGUACUCAAAAUUCAAAUAGAAUAUAUGAAGUUGGAUCAAUAUAUUUCUCAAAAGGGUAUUCACAACCCUACCUUUCUUGCCUGUUUUAUUGACAGAAGGAAAAUGUAAUUUACACUCAUUUUGCAGGCUCUUCAAGUCAUUUUUUUCUGGCCUAACAACUUUAACUUUUAAAAUAUGUAUGUGGUCUGGGAAACAUAUCUCUUAUCAACAAAUUAUAUCCAAAUUUGAAACCCAAUCUCACAGUGAUUACCAAUGCAGGUGAAAAAAAUACUAUUAGAAGUAAUCAAAUGUCUGGAGUGCUCCUCUUCUAUCUAAACAUGGAGGCCUGUCAUACUAAGCAAGUCUUUUGGGCAAGAAUAAGUAAGAAAAACCAUUAAAUCAUUUCCUAAGGUAUCCUUUUAGGAGUUUUUUACUUAAGCAUUUGACUAAAAGCUUCCAGUCGUAUGGUUUGGGAAAUUUUUUUGUACAAAUAUGCAUCUUCCUUUAUGUCUAUAAAAGAGGGAACGAGUGUAUGUUUAACCCAUCAAAUAAGGAUUAAGAAUUUCAAUUUCAGAUUAGUGCCAAAGACGGGAGUCUGUACCCAAAUAAAAAUCCAUAUACAAAGAGUGUGAUGGGUAGGUGUCUGUGUGCACGCGCCGACGACGGGACGGAGAGGCGUUUGGGCAAUGUUCGCAAGCUUUACUUAACCAUUUCGGCCCAAAUGUUCCUCAGCGCCGCCGUUUCCGCCGCCAUGUUCUUCACCCCCGCCGUCAACACGUUCAUGGCUACAACUUGGGGGCUCAUCCUCCUCAUGGUCUUAGUCGUUGUCACCAUCUUGGGUGAGUUACGCUCGUAAAACUGAGAGCAUUUAAUUCUUACACCUCCGAAUUCUAAAACACCGUCACAGUUUGACUUUUAGAAUCAAACUCUGACAUCUUU